UCGGUGCUUAAAAGCGCAGAUAAUGUUUAAGUUGCGUGACAUUUAGAAAUAGUAAAAGGAAUAAUUGAUAUAUAAUGUAAUAUGAAAAGUGUUUACAUAGAAUAUCAAAAUAAAGUCCCGGAAAAUGGAUGCUUUAAGUAUACUAAUUGCAAUAGGUCUCAUUCAUUGUUCGUUGUUCUUCUUUGAUACAAUUUUUAAGACAUGUUCACAUUAUCCGUAUCUUUACUUUUUAAAAAAUACUGGUUUAGAAGUUCAAGUAUUAAGAAUAAAAUGGUUUACAACAGCAUUUAAUCGCAAAAUAAUAAAAUGGGGAAUGGAUCGUUCCAAAUUUUGGACCGCCUGGUUCAAUGCUGGAGUUAUUGUUUGCAUUAUUCUUCUGCCUAUAGCAACAAUUGCAGUUUUAAAAAUGACAUUCAAUAUAUGGACUAACGGACCAUUCAUUGAUAACAGUAAUUCUGAACCUUUGUUAGAACCUAUGUUACCUGGAAUAGAUGUGCCCUUUAAUGAAAUUGGGUAUUAUGUAAUUACAUUAGCAAUUUGUAGUAUUACGCAUGAGUUGGGACAUGCGUUGGCUGCAGCAAGAGAAGAUGUCCAGUUAUUUGGUUUAGGAAUACUGAUUGCUUUCACAAUACCUAUAGCAUAUGUACAUAUAAGUAGCGAACAACUUGGUUCGUUACCAUUAAAAAAUCAAUUACGAGUUACUUGCGCAGGAAUUUGGCACAAUAUAGUACUCGCAACAUUGGCUGCAACUGUUCUUAUGCUUUCUACAUGGUUAUGGGCACCCUUUUAUUCGCUUGGUAAUGGUAUUUACGUGAAAACCAUUUUACCAAAUUCGCCUAUAUUAGGUUCAGGAGGCCUUCUUGAACAGGAUAUAAUAUAUGAAAUAAAUGACUGUCCUAUAAAACAUAGUGAGGAUUGGUAUGAUUGCAUCUUAAAUACAGUAAAUCAGCCUGCUCUUGGAUAUUGUGUUAAACAAUCAUUUAUUCAGGAAUAUGAUGAGUCAGUUCCAGCCAGGCAAAAGACUAAUGGCGUUAUAAACUGUUGUACUUCGGAUAGCGAGAUUAGCGGUAGUUUGUGCUUCGAAUAUAUUGAGGGACCACAAGCUGCACCUCUUCAUUUACCUCCACACUCUUGCCUUCCAGCUAGGAUUAUGAUCAAUCAAUCACAAAACUUUUGUUAUGCAAGCCAUGAAUGUUUAUUUCAUGAUACUCAUUGCUUGAAGCCUUCUCUUGAUAAUGUUACUAAGAUUGUUCAAAUAAAAAGAAGGGAAGGGAAGGAUGUUCUAUUUUUUGGACAUCCGGCAGACAUUUAUCGAACGGUCGAUGUAUCCGAUUGGAUAUCGAAAUAUUCAUUUUUAAACCCAAAAUUACCAGAAUCUAUGGUGCUUUUUUGCAAAUACAUUACGAUAUUUUCUGCAGGAUCGGCAGUUAUGAAUAUUGUACCCUGUUUCUUUUUAGACGGGCAAUACAUUAUAAAUAUACUUGUACUUUAUUUAUUAAAUUUUACACCACACAAUAAAAAUAUCAGACAAACCAUCAUAUUAACGAUAACAAGUAUAGGUACAUUACUUCUUACCAUGAACUUAUUUUAUUUACUUAUGAAUAAAUUAUUAUAAGUAG